UGGUUAUCGCGACCAGGGAGCUUUAUAAGGCGCAGUGAGUGGAGGCCUGGUCAUCUCAAAAUCCAGAAAUCUUACCAAGAUGAUCGUGAAACUCGCCGCUUUUUUGUCCCUGUUCUCUAUGGGCCUGCUCGCAGCCGCUGCACCGACCGAACCCCAACUUGCCCGGCGUGCACAGGACAGCGUCCCCAAUGCACCGUUCUGGGGCCGCAAGUCGGAACCCAUCCGCGCAGCACGAUGGGUUGAUUCCCGUGCAUGAAUAUACCAUUAUCCGCAUCUCCGACUUAUAACUCUCUCCGAUGUUACUGGAAACAUGAAUACAUAAUCGAGCCGUCCAGCGAUCGUAUCGGUGUUGAACUCUGG